UCAACAUUACAGCAGGCCAUACUCUCAUUUCUGAUUUAUCUUCGCGACCUCCAUGACCAGUUUUCUGUUGAGGUAAUAACCAUGCGGCUACAGGCGACGCUCCUUCUGCUCGCCUCGUGCGUUCCCUCAGCGCUAGCUAUCUAUCGCGACGAGGUCGACCAUAUUGAUUUUCACCAUGCUCUACUCGGUACUCCUUCGUCCCAUUCGACCUUCUUCCUCAAGCCUUCUUCCUCCUCUGAUGCGUCCCUGCUCUACACUUUAUCCGAGAAAUUGCUCCUUGGUGCGGUAAAUCCUAGGGAUGGGUCGGUGGUCUGGAGACAAAAUGUCUCCCGAUCCGCUGCAGCCGCAGACAACGGCCUCUUACGCGCUUCCGAUGGGACCAAUGCUAUGGUUAGCGCAGUGGGUGACUAUUUGUCAUCGUGGAGUGCUCUGGAUGGUAAAUUGAUCUGGGAGAGGUGGUUUUCCGAUGAGCACGUAACAGACCUUGAGCUGCUGGAGCUAGAGGAUGCCGCUUCGCCUUCGGCCGUUAAAGACACGAUUGCGCUUUUCGGGGGUAAGGCGGGUAUGGUCAGAAGGCUAGAUGGUGAUUCGGGCAAGGUCAAGUGGGAAUAUAAAGAUGAAAGUGGCGAUCUCCCUUUCCAAGUCUCGUCUUCCUCCACCGACGUUUUCUAUAUUUCUUUGCAGUCGGCUCUCCUGAAGGGAUAUAAGAUCAAGGUCACGUCUAUGGACCUCUUGACCGGUCGUCAGAACCAGCAAUUGACCCUGAACUCGGAAGGUGACAUCUCCGGGCCCGAGUCUGUGCUUUUCGUGGGCGCAAAUACCGCCUCCCCUCUGAUUGUCUGGACAGAUAAGGCUCAGAAGGCACUCAAAGUAAAUGUGAUUGGUACGAAGCAAGUUAGCUCCCUCAACAUCGACAACACCAGUGGCGAGGAUCUUCGUUCAAUCACCGUCCAUGCUCCGAAGAGACUCAACUCAUUGCCCCAUUUUCUGGUUCAUUACCAAACGCAAUCCGCAUCCUGGGCUGAGGUUUACCACGUCAACUUGAAAUCCGCAGUUGUAUCCAAGGCUUACGAUCUGCCUCACUUGGAAGGCUGGUCUGCCUUCUCCACGAGUACCAAGGAUGCAAAUGUUUACUUUACCAGGAUCACGCAGUCGGAAAUGACUGUUGUAUCUUCUGCGUCUCAUGCCAUCUUGGGGAGGUGGCCUCUUCAGUCCCCUCCGAUGGAGCGCGCUCUUCAUGCAGUGUCAGAAGUUGUCCCGAAGGGCGAUAGCGUCGCAGUCCGAUCGGCAGCUGUUUUGGAGUCAGGCGACUGGCAAUUACUCCGAAAUGGCCAACCUGAAUGGACUAGAUACGAGGCUUUGGCUGGCGCUCUGGCUGCCAACUGGGCUGAGGAAGAAUACCAGGAGGAGCUGGUCCACCAGCUCGAGGUUGAAGGUCAUGAGAGCCUUUUUGCAGCGUACACGCACCGUGUCAGGCGCCACAUCAAAGAUCUCGAGCAUCUUCCCGAGUGGCUAAAAGACCUGCCCAAGCGCAUCAUUACCAGUUUCUUGACCGACGAGGUUUCCAACCUGGAUAGCUUCGGCAUCUCCAGACAGGUUAUCGUUGCUACUGAGAAUGGACGUGUCUAUGCGCUCGAUGGUGGAAACCAUGGCGCCGUUUCCUGGAGUGUGAAGGCCGCGGAAGCAGAAACUUGGGCUCCUGUCGCAGUGGUCACCCAACCAGGCCUUGCCACUGUUUACACAGAUGAUGGCAGCUCGGUUACCUUGAACGUCGCCUCUGGGGAAAUCAUCAAGCGCACUCCGGCCACUACCAAGCUCCGUUCUGUCGCUGUGCUCAACGACUCCCCCGCGCCCCUCGUCGUUGGGAUUGACGAGAACGGCACUCCCGUGGAGACUGUGGAUCGUCCUGGUUUCUUUGUCACCCUAGGCAAUGGUCGCGUGCUGGGCUGGAGUGCCAACAACAACGAGUUCCCCGUCUGGGAAUUUUUACCCCCACAGGGCGAGAGAGUCAUUCAUGCCACCUCCCGACCAGCUCAUGACCCUGUAGCAUCGAUUGGUAAGGUGUUGGGCGACCGAUCCGUUCUGUAUAAGUAUUUGAACCCUAACUUGGUUCUUGCUACCGCCGUGGGUGAUAAGUCAGCUACUUUCUACCUGUUGGAUGCGAUUUCUGGCAAGGUCCUACAUGCUAGCACUCAAAACGGCGUUGAUACUACCCAGCCAAUCGCCUCAGCCAUCUCCGAGAACUGGUUCGCAUACUCUUUCUGGGGUGACGUCGUCAACCCAUCGGACGCCAAGGGCUACCAAUUGGUGAUUUCCGAGCUGUAUGAGUCUUCGAUACCUAAUGACCGUGGGCCACUGGGUGCCUCAUCCAACUACUCUAGUCUUGAUGCACUGCCCCUUCCACAUGUAGUGUCUCAGUCCUUCAUCAUCCCAGAACCAAUUUCCCACAUGGCCGUUACCCAAACCCGUCAGGGCAUCACCACUCGCCAACUCCUUUGCACACUCCCCUCGACCAACUCACUGAUUGGCAUUCCUCGCCCCGUACUAGAUGCCCGCCGGCCCGCCGGCCGCGACCCGACCCCUACGGAGGUCGAAGAGGGCCUAUUCAAGUACAACCCCUUCCUCGAAUUCGAUGGCAAAUGGUACCUCUCUCACGCGCGUAAUGUGGCCGGCAUCAAGAAAGUUCUCUCGGCACCAACGCUUCUUGAGAGUACUAGUCUGAUUUUCGGCUUUGGUGGCGAUAUCUAUGGCACCCGGGCGACACCCAGCCAGGCUUUUGACAUCUUGGGCAAGGGAUUCUCGAAGUUGCAAUUGCUUAUGACAAUUGUGGCACUGACUAUUGGAGUGGUAAUUCUGUCUCCGAUGGUCCGGAGAAAGCAGGUCAACCAGGUUUGGAAGUCAUCGUAGUUGCCCCUGGAAGCAUAGAAGACAAAGGAAGAACUGGAACAUAAAUAUAUCAAUAAUGACAUAGCUACCAUUCUAGUGUAAAACUACGACACAAGUUAAAGAAAGCCAUGGUGCAUCUCUAUCAUAAUAGAUAAACCCUGCAGUGAGUAA